AUGGCAGAUGAUGAUGGUGACCAUCCUUUUUAUAAGAACUCUAUUGUACUACUUAUUGUCGUGGGUUCAGCUGCAUUUGUGGUUGCUUCAAUGUACCGUGUCUUAGUCAUUUGGUUUUGUCACCCUCAAAGUACCACCACAGAUCAAAACCUUCCACAACCACCGCGGUUUGCCACGACACCAAGCACAUCCUCAUCAAUAGUAAACCUAAUUCCAACACACAAGUACCACAAGAGAAACAAAGGUGACGUUGUUACAGAUGACGAAGGCGGCACAUGUGCGGUGUGUUUGGGAGAUUUUGAGGAAGGUGAGGAAUUGAGGACUAUGCCUGAGUGCUUGCAUUCUUUUCAUGUAAAGUGUAUUGACAUGUGGCUCCAUUCGCAUUUGAAUUGCCCCGUUUGUCGUUCCAGUGCCGCCCCUUCGCCGGCAGUAAAUGCACAUCAUCACAGUAUAGAUAUGAGUCGAUUGGUGCGAUGGUGA